UGUGCACAGGCAGCCGGGGCGGGAGAGCUCCUCCGCAGCCCUCUCGCUACCCACCGCCCCAGCCCGACCCUCCCGGAGCCAACCGCGGGGAGGGGGGCGCCGAACGCCGGGGUCCCUUUCCCCCUCCCUGACCCAUUUUGAGCACCAGCCUCGGGUUUGAUCUCCCCCUCUGUCCACCCCCACCCUCCCGCUCCUUGCCGGAGAAGGGAGCGGCGAAAGGAGCCGGCGCCGGCGAUCGCUGCCGCCGGGGCCGCCACUGCGCCCAUGGGCACGGGACGCGGGGCGCGCCCCCGCAGCGCCGCCGGCUGAGGGCGCGGGGCGGUGGCCCGGCGGCGGGGGCAGGCGAGGGGAGGCGGCGGCGGGCGGCGAUGAAGGGCCAGCGGAGAGGAUGCCCCCACCUCGCCCCCCGGGCUCCAACUUCGCGGAGAACUAUCGGCCCCGCAGCCCCCGCCCCCGCCCUGCCUCUCCCGGCCGCGCGUCCAACUUAAUGCCCCAGCGGGAGCCCCAGCCAGCAGCCCCCCCGCCCCCCGGCCUCCGCCUCCCCCCCCAGCAGCCCGGGUUCCCGGCGGCCUCCCGGUGCCGGCGGAGCCCCUGGCCCCGGCGCGCGUGGGUCCCGCGGCGCCCGGGGCGGCGGCAGCGCGGCAUGCGGCGGCCCCGCGCACCAUGAGACACGGCACCGGCACCGGCGGCAGGCAGGAGGCGGGCAGCGUCCCCGGUUCCUCGUCGGCGAGGAAGAGUUUGCCGGCUUCCGAGGCCGGCCUCCUGCGCGGCUGGAGCAGGGGCGGCCGCUGCCGCAGCGGCACCGGCAGGCACCGGAAAAGCGGCGGCAUCCAGCUCGGCGGCACCGGCACCAGUACCGGCGGCGAUUCCCGCGCCCAGGUGGCCACCGCGGACAGCAGCAGCAGCAGCAGCAGCGGCGGCGGCGGCGGCGGCGGCUGGGGCUUCCCCGCCGCGCUCCCGCAGCACCGGCACCCCAGAAAAAACUGCUUAGACAAUCUAAUGGAUGAAGAUGAGAAAGACAGAGCAAAGAGGGCUUCACGUAACAAGUCUGAGAAGAAGAGGCGUGAUCAGUUCAAUGUUCUCAUCAAAGAGCUCAGCUCCAUGCUUCCAGGCAACACUCGCAAAAUGGACAAAACUACUGUGCUGGAAAAAGUCAUUGGCUUUCUGCAGAAACACAAUGAAGUCUCAGCACAGACGGAGAUUUCUGAAAUUCAGCAGGACUGGAAGCCUUCAUUUCUCAGCAAUGAAGAAUUCACCCAGCUGAUGUUGGAGGCAUUAGAUGGCUUCAUUAUAGCAGUAACUACAGGUGGAAGCAUCAUCUAUGUGUCUGACAGCAUCACACCUCUUCUAGGGCAUUUACCGUGUGAUGUCUUGGAUCAGAAUUUGUUGAAUUUCCUCCCAGAACAAGAACAUUCAGAAAUUUAUAAGAUGUUAUCUUCUUGUAUGCUUAUGACAGAUUCUGCCUCACCGGAUUACCUAAAAACUGACAAUGAACUAGAGUUUUAUUGUCAUCUUCUGAGAGGAAGUUUGAACCCAAAGGAAUUUCCAACAUAUGAAUACAUAAAAUUUGUAGGAAAUUUUCGGUCUUACAGCAAUGUGCCUAACUCCACUUGCAAUGGCUUUGACGAGGCUGUCCCGAGGGCUUACAGAACGUCCCUGGGAAAGCAGAUCUGCUUCGUUGCGACUGUUCGUUUGGCAACACCUCAGUUUUUAAAGGAGAUGUGCAUUGUGGAAGAACAUCUAGAGGAAUUCACAUCAAGACACAGUCUGGAGUGGAAAUUUUUGUUCCUGGAUCACAGAGCACCGCCAAUUAUAGGAUACUUGCCUUUUGAAGUGCUGGGUACUUCUGGCUACGAUUAUUACCACAUAGAUGACCUGGAGCUGCUAGCAAGGUGCCAUGAACACUUGAUGCAGUUCGGCAAGGGGAAGUCGUGCUGCUAUCGGUUUCUGACCAAAGGACAGCAGUGGAUCUGGCUCCAGACCCAUUACUAUAUCACCUACCACCAGUGGAACUCCAAGCCAGAGUUCAUUGUGUGCACACACAUGGUGGUAAGUUAUGCAGAUGUUCGGGUGGAGAGGAGACAGGAGAUGGGCUUGGAAGAAGUGUCCUCAGAGGUUGUGUCCUCAGCACUUAAGGACAAUGGUGCCAGCUUGGAUCCUGAACAGCACUUUAAUGCACUUGAUGUUGGUGCCUCAAUCCUCAGCGCCAGUCGGACACCCUCAGUAUCAUCUAGGAGCUCACCAAAAUCUUCCCACACACCCAAGUCAGACCCAGCAUCUACACCAACAAAGCUGAUUGCAGAGUCUAACACUCCCUUGCCAAGAACACCAAGUGCGCAGCAGGAUCUAUCUCUGCAUAGACUCAGUCAACCUACUGCUCUUCAGGUUUCUUUGCCUUCUCAGCCUCCAUGUGAGCUUCUCCCACAGCAGUUGCUGCCUCAAGCAACUCUGCAAAAUCAGCCUGCACCUCUGGCACAGUUCUCAGCACAGUUCAGCAUGUUCCAGACAAUCAAGGACCAACUAGAGCAGCGGACACGGAUCCUUCAGGCCAACAUCCGGUGGCAGCAGGAGGAGCUCCAGAAGAUACAGGAGCAGCUCUGCCUGGUCCAAGACUCCAGCGUACAGAUGUUCUUACAGCAGCCAACAGUGUCCCUGAGCUUUAGCAAUACUCAGCAGCUGGACCCACAACAGCUACAGCAGAGGUCAGAGGCCAUUUCUCAGCAGCAGCUUGUACCCAGUCCUCAACUCCAAGGGCAAAUCACAUCUUCACAAACAACAAACCAGCAGGCACUGAGAGAAGCAAGCGUGAUACUGAGCCAGGGCCCGAAGGCAGCGCGGAGCUCGGAGCUGGCGCCGGGCGGCCGCGCCCCCCCCCCCGCCCCGCCCCCGCCCUUCGCCGCAGCCCGCGCCCCUUUCGCCCCCGCCCCCGCCGGCGGCGGCCCCGCCGCGCCCCCUGGCGGCACCCCCGGCGCGCCCGCCCCCGGCUGCAACCACGACCAGCAGCUCAGACUGUUACUCAGCCAGCCUAUUCAGCCCAUGAUGCCUGGGUCCUGUAAUGCAAGACACCCUUCAGACCUCAGCAUGGCAGGAUCCCAGGCUAAGUAUUCUCAAACCCAACAAAUGUUUCAAAGUUUGGAAGUGCAGACUUCCAGCAGCAGCUCUCCAAUCAUACUGAUGGGACAAGCAGUGUUAAACCAAGGGUUCACCACUACACCUCCUUCUCAGCCAUCUUCUCUGCCACCUAUGCAACUCCAGCACCAACAGCAUCAGCAACAACGCUACCUGCAGGUGCAAACACCAAGUUCUUUGCACAAUGAACAACCCGAUUCUUUGCUCCUGCCAUCUUACUCACCACAGCAAGGAAAUAUGGGGUAUCAUCAGACACAGCAGCAGCAGCAGCAACAGCAACAACUAACAUCAAGAAGAAGGAAUAGCUUAUCAGAAUCAUCAAAUUUACCACAGCCACUGCGAUAGAGUCCCACCAGCACAAUCAAUGCACGAUUAGCUUUAACCAAUGGGCACAUGGGGCAGAAGAGAAUGACUUUGUACUUACUGUUCUGGCUUUUGCACAAGCAUUUCUUUCAAAGCUCUAUGACAGAAGUACGCCACAGAGUGCAGACUGCAACCGACAGCGCAUUUACAGCACGCUGGAUUCAGUUUGCGCUAUCUCGUGAGCACAGUAUGUACUGACAGAGCAAAACAAAGAGGAACACUACCCUGUGCAGCCUCUAUCACCAGUGAGUGCACGGGAGAAGGCGUUCAAUCUCAGCAUGUCGUUCCGAAAGCUAUCUGGCAAUUCCAAAAGACUGUUGGCAGACUCAUGAGGUAUUUGGCCUUCACUGUUUCAGUUCUUCUUUUGUGUAUGAAAAGCACUGCGUCAAAGGUCUAUUGAGGAGAGAACAAGAGAUUAUUUUUAUUAUGAUUAUUGUUAUUAUUUUGCACAACUGCACAGAGGACAAAACCUAGGCACUUUCUGUAAAGAGAAGUUUGUUUCUUCAUUCUUGUGGCCAAACUAGCACAUCCAAUGGAGGAGAAAGCCCAGCCAUUGGUGAAGAUGGUCUACAGCUCAUAACCCUUGAUUUAGAAUCUGAAAAGUAUUAUGCAGCUUACCCUAACUUCAUUAUGAAACAACCAACCAAAAAAACAAACCCACAACCCACUCUGGACUGUUUCCUACAUGAAUUGUGAUUGCAAAAGAGAACUCAAAUUGUAAGCACAAUCAUGCAACUCUCCAGUAGUACAACGUGAAUCCUUCUUCAACCUAACUUGCCCACUCCAAGUCUCUGAGAAAUAUGCACUGUGUUUUGGCCCAGUGACUCGGGAUGCUGCAGACUAUUACAUAUCUCUUUCAUUGUAACAUUUAGGAUUAAAUUUUCCUUUGGAGGAAAAAAAAAAAGAAAUGCACUUUUCGCUUUUUUUGUAUGUUUUCCGUUGAUAUGUUUCUAAGAAAGAUUUUAUGUAAUUAUUAAAUAAAAAGUAGUGUAUUGUACAGCUGUUGUAAUAAUGACCUAUUUCUAUAUAAAAUAAAAUUAUAUGGAAUUAUGUGGAAAUUAUUUUGUAUAUGAAAUAUCAACUCAUUUCACAAGUAUAAAGAUUGUGCUUGUGCUUUUUUGUGAGUGGGUAUUUUGUAAUAAACUAAUUAAUUAGAAAUGUUUUUGUGAAGGGAACUGCUGUUUCAUGCUAUAUACAACACAAACUAUUAUUUUUUUUCCAUUUAAUGAUGGACAGUUGUCUUUAUUUGUAGAAUAAAAUAAAAUAGCCAAAAGGCUUUAUUGCAGAACUUGCACACA